AUGAGCGCAAGGGGUGGGAAAACGAGUGAUGAUGAGGUUGUUUUGCAGGAACCGGGCUAUCCCAACGGGUACACUUCGAAGGGGCCUUCUUAUCACCACCAACGAUCAAUGUCGGCAUUGCCCAUGCAGGAUCCACAGCACCAGCAAUCCGGAAAUGCAUCAGGUCGUUACGGAACGAACAUACAGUGCCCUCCAGGUGCAUCUGUCAGCAGUGUCCCGUAUAGUCGAGAAAAUUCCAAUUUAUCAGCUGGUUUGAUUUUCUUUAUACCCAAUCGCCUUUGCAAGGUACUAAUUUUUGAAAUAGCCAAGAUGACUUAG